AUGCUAAGCGGGAAGGUCCUGUUAUGUGUAUUAUUUAUUGCUGUGUGGCAGGAGACACAUUCGGCCAGUUUACCGUUCCUCAGACCUUCGCGUAUAGGUGACAUAAACGGUGUUGAAGAGGAAGGUAUUGAAAUGCGAAUUCCCAUCGAGCUGAUGCGAUCUCGAGUGAGAGAGGGAGUGCCUCCACCCCUCUGUGCUGGAAGAUGUGCCGCACCACCCGCCGGUCCUGUGUGCGCCUUUGAUGCAACCGGCACUGCCCGGACAUUUGCCACCUUAUGCGAGCUAGAGGCUGUCUCGUGUCGCGAAAGCACAUACUACGCAAUCACAAGCCUCGGAGAAUGCUGA